UUUGAAUGAUCAAAACACAUUCAAUUGUAUACUUUAAAAGGGUAAAUUGUAUGGUAAAUGAUUAUACUUCAAGGAGGUUUAAAUUUUAAUAGAAAUUUUAGUCCUAAUCAAGGUGACAUUUUCUCCCAUAUUUUGCCUCCAAUUCUUCCACAGCACAUAGUGCAUCUCACAUAAUAUUUAUAAUGUUGGAGUGCAAUUGUUUAUGUACUCUCUCUUACUUACUCAACUAUAAGAUCCUUGAACUUGUCACACACGUUACUUUAGGAACUAGCAUGGAACAGGUCUUCACAAAUACUAUCUGAAAAAUCAAUAAGCCAGUAAAAGUAAACCUCCAUAUGAGCUUACUCCUCUGCUUUUCAUCACCAUCUAUUCUGUCCACAUUUCAAGCAAUGUAUUUCCAGCGUGAAUUUGUGGUGUGAUUUGACAUGAAGGAGAACAUAAGUCACCAAAAUGAAAGGAUUGCACCACAGUCCCCUUAUUUUAGUUUAACUUCGACUUUUUUAGAUUAACUCUUAAUCAAAAAUUGGUACUUAACAAGGAAAAACUUGCCUUCUGUUGUUUUCAGAGAAGUAAAAAAGCACCUCACCUUUGAGUCGCCAAAAUUAUGCUUCCUGGAAUGACCGCAUACCAUGUAGCAGGUUUAUUUUAGUUUGUUUACAGAAAAGUGUAGUCCAAAGUCCAGUGCUGACUUUGGGAGCUACUAAAGACAUGAAAAAGUAGAAUUUUAAAUACAUUUCAUUGUAAACGACUGGGAGUAUCUGAGCAAAUUAUUUCUUACGUGACUUUAGAGAAAACGGCUACCUAUCUGACCCCAAAACGACUUGAGGAAACUGUUUCCACGGUCCUGCUGCAGAGGGGAAGCACAGUCGUCAAGAAGAGAGUGGGGUCAGGAUCAAAACACAUUUAGUGUGACUUAGGGAAAGAAAACAUUUUCCCUCUUUGAACCUCUCUGGAUACAGUCAUUUUGCCUCUACUUGAGGAUCAACUGUUCAACCUCAAUGGCCUUUCAGGACCUCCUCGGUCAUGCUGGUGACCUGUGGAGAUUCCAGAUCCUUCAGACUGUUUUUCUCUCAAUCUUCGCUGUUGCUACAUACCUUCAUUUUAUGCUGGAGAACUUCACUGCAUUCAUACCUGGCCAUCGCUGCUGGGUCCACAUCCUGGACAAUGACACUGUCUCUGACAAUGACACUGGGGCCCUCAGCCAAGAUGUACUCUUGAGAAUCUCCAUCCCACUGGACUCAAACAUGACGCCAGAGAAGUGUCGUCGCUUUGUUCAUCCUCAGUGGCAGCUCCUUCACCUGAAUGGGACCUUCACCAACACAAGUGACGCAGACAUGGAGCCCUGUGUGGAUGGCUGGGUGUACGACAGAAGCUCCUUCUCGUCCACCAUCGUAACUGAGUGGGAUCUGGUAUGUGACUCUCAAUCACUGACUUCAGUUGCUAAAUUUGUAUUCAUGGCUGGAAUGAUGGUGGGAGGCAUCCUAGGCGGUCAUUUAUCAGACAGGUUUGGGAGAAGGUUCGUGCUCAGAUGGUGUUACCUCCAGGUUGCCAUUGUUGGCACCUGUGCAGCCUUGGCUCCCACCUUCCUCAUUUACUGUUCACUACGCUUCUUGUCUGGGAUUGCUGCAAUGAGCCUCAUAACAAAUACUAUUAUGUUAAUAGCCGAGUGGGCAACACACAGAUUCCAGGCCAUGGGAAUUACAUUGGGAAUGUGUCCUUCUGGUAUUGCAUUUAUGACCCUGGCAGGCCUGGCUUUUGCCAUUCGAGACUGGCAUAUCCUCCAGCUGGUGGUGUCUGUACCAUACUUUGUGAUCUUUCUGACCUCAAGUUGGCUGCUAGAGUCUGCCCGGUGGCUCAUUAUCAACAAUAAACCAGAGGAAGGCUUAAAGGAACUUAGAAAAGCUGCACACAGGAGUGGAAUGAAGAAUGCCAGAGACACCCUAACCCUGGAGAUUUUGAAAUCCACCAUGAAAAAAGAACUGGAGGCAGCACAAAAAAAAAAACCUUCUCUGUGUGAAAUGCUCCACAUGCCCAACAUAUGUAAAAGGAUCUCCCUCCUGUCCUUUACGAGAUUUGCAAACUUUAUGGCCUAUUUUGGCCUUAAUCUCCAUGUCCAGCAUCUGGGGAACAAUAUUUUCCUGUUGCAGACUCUCUUUGGUGCAGUCAUCCUCCUGGCCAACUGUGUUGCACCUUGGGCACUGAAAUACAUGAACCGUCGAGCAAGCCAGAUGCUUCUCAUGUUCCUACUGGCAAUCUGCCUUCUGGCCAUCAUAUUUGUGCCCCAAGAAAUGCAGACGCUGCGUGAGGUUUUGGCAACGCUGGGCUUAGGAGCGUCUGCUCUUGCCAAUACCCUUGCUUUUGCCCAUGGAAAUGAAGUAAUUCCCACCAUAAUCAGGGCAAGAGCUAUGGGGAUCAAUGCAACCUCUGCUAAUAUAGCAGGAGCCCUGGCUCCCCUCAUGAUGAUCCUAAGUGUGUAUUCUCCACCCCUGCCCUGGAUCAUCUAUGGAGUCUUCCCCUUCAUCUCUGGCUUUGCUUUCCUCCUCCUUCCUGAAACCAGGAACAAGCCUCUGUUUGACACCAUCCAGGAUGAGAAAAAUGAGAGAAAAGACCCCAGAGAACCAAAGCAAGAGGAUCCCAGAGUGGAAGUGACGCAGUUUUAAGGAAUUCCAGGAGCUGACUGCUGAUCAAUGAGCCAGAUGAAGGGAACAAUCAGGACUAUUCCUAGACACUAGCAAAAUCUAGAAAAUAAAUAACAAGGCUGGGCACGGUGGCGCACACCUGUAAUCCCAACACCUUGGGAGGCUGAGGUGGGCAGAUCAUGAGGUCAGGAGAUCAAGACCACCCUGGCCAACAUGGUGAAACCCCGUCUCUACUAAAACAAAUACAAAACUUAGCUGGGCACAGUGGCACAGGCCUUUAAUUACAGCUACUUGGGAGGCUGAGGCAGGAGAAUCACUUGAACCCAGGAGGUGGAAAUUGCAAUGAGCCAAGAUUGGGCCACUGCACUCCAGCCUGGUAACAGAGCGAGGCUGUCUCAAAAAAAAAAAAGAAAGAAAGAAAGAAAGAAGGAAAGAAAGAAAGAAAGAAAGAAAGAAAGAAAGAAAGAAAGAAAGAAAAAGAAAAGAAAUAAGAUAUAGUGAAUAAGUAGAUUCACAUCACAAUUGUGGUACUAAAUAACUAAAUAUAAGCUAUCUACAUAUAAUAGUAAGAAAAAGUUUGAAGAAAAUUAUAUAACACUUUAAAAUCAAUCAUAAUAGACUAUUUAUGUAGUUAUAGGUCCCUAGCAAGUUUCCGGAUAGGAAGAUUGAAUACUAUUAAACACAAUGUGUCUUCUUCAAUUAUUUGAUAGAGUAACUGGUGGGAUAAUUACAAUGAAAAAUCUGCUACUUUUACAAAAACUUUAAAAUAAAUUCAAAUUUAUCUAGGAAUUAAUAGUAGACAUUUGGUUCAGAAAAAAGAAGAUCAGGGAGUGAAAAUGUAGCUGUCAGGUAAGUGGGGUAGCAUGCACAGAACUUUAUCAUAAGUUGUAAUAUUCAUAACAUUAUUAGCAGAUGCAUUUACAAAACAAAGAAAUUCAAAAGUAGACUUUAGUAUGUAUAACAUUUAAUGUGUAACAAUUUCAGCACUGUACAUUCUUAGAGGAAACACCUAAUUAUGGAAUAAAUAGCAUUAGCCAACUAAUCAGAAAUAAAUGACUAACAAUUCAACUUUAUAUCCUGUAUUAGUCAGGGUUCUCUAAAGGAAGAGAAAUAAUAGUAUAUAUGUGUAUAUAAAAGUGAGUUUAUUAGGAGAAUUGACUCACACAGUCACAGGAUGAAGUCCCACACUAGGCCAUUUGCAAGCUGAGGAGCCAGGAAGCCAGUCCAAGUCCCAAAACCCCAAAAGUAGGGAAGUCAACCGUGUAGCCUUCAGUCUGUGGCCAAAAGCCUGAGAGCCCCUGACAAAUCACUGGUGUGAGUCCAAGAGUUCAAAAGCUGAGGAACCUGAAGUCGGAUGUUUGAGGGCAGGAAGUAUCCAGCAUGGGAGAAAGAUGAAGGCUGGAAGACUCAGCAAGUCUGCCCUUUCCAUCUUCUUCUGCCUGCUUUAUUCUAGCUGCACUGACAGCUGAUUAGAUGGUGCCCACCCAGAUUGAGGGUGCGUCUGCCUCUCCCAGUCCACUGACUCAAAUGUUAAUCUCCUUUGGCAACACCCUCACAGACACACCCAGGAACUAUACUUUGCAUCCUUCAAUCCAAUCAAGUUGACACUCAAUAUUAACCAUCACAUUUCCUAAACCAAUAUACCAAUUAUUGAUUACGAUUAUGACCAUCAUUUCACAUUGUAUACAUACAUGUAUCAUCACACUGUACAUCUCAAAUAUAUGCAAGUUUUAUUUGUCAAUCAUACUUCAGUAUAGCUGAGAAUAAGUUAAAUGGAACAAAUAAACCAUGCUUUCAAAGGAGCCUUGGCUACCAAAAUUCAAAAAAGAAAAACAUGUUAUUAAUAGGAAAGUAAAUUCCAAAUAAACGUAUAUACACUUGACUACUCAUUUAAGCCUUCUGUGAAGAAAACCCAAGAAAUUAUGGGAGAAAGCUAUAAAAAUAUACAACAAAAUGAUUAAAAACAUU